AUUUUCGUUCCCAGGAAUUUCCACAAGGCCAACUUCUACGCUUCCGCGUCACUCAGCCCCUAAAUAUCGAUUUGGUUGGCUAGUUGGUACCUUUGCUGCCUGCUGCAAUCAGUGAUCUGUGCCGCCUGGGGUCUCGGACCAUCAGAUCUCCAGCUAGCUUCCUUGCUACUUACUCCCCUACCCGCUGCACCCUCGCCAUGGAUCCGCCGAGCUCCGAUAUCGUAGUCGACACUCCAUACUUCCGCAUCUACAGUGACCGGCGCAUCGACCGCUUGGUCGGCACCGAUACCGUGCCGGCGGGCUUUGAUCCCACCACCGGCGUCACCUCCAAAGAUGUCGUUGUAGACAGCGACGCCGGCGUCUACGUUCGCCUGUACCUCCCGGACACGGCUACGGGGUCCGAUGAUUCCAAGAAGCUCCCGGUGCUAGUCUACUUCCACGGCGGCGGCUUUGUCACCCACUCGGCAGCGUCUCCGCCCUAUCAGUCCUUCCUCAACACCCUGGCCGCGAAGGCCGGCCUGCUCAUCGUCUCCGUGAACUACCGCCUCGCGCCAGAGCACCCGCUGCCUGCAGGCUACGAGGACUCCUUCCGCGCGCUCAGGUGGGCGGCCUCUGGUAGUGGGGACCCCUGGCUGUCACAUCACGGCGACCUGGCCCGCAUCUUCCUGGCCGGCGACAGCGCCGGCGGGAACUUCGUCCACAACAUCGCUGUGAUGGCAGCCGCGUCGGAGGUGCCAGUGCGAAUCAGGGGCGCGGUCCUCCUGCACGCGGGGUUCGGUGGCAGGGAGCGCAUCGACGGAGAGACGCCGGAGUCUGUGGCGCUGAUGGAGAAGCUGUGGGGGGUCGUGUGCCUCGCGGCGACGGACGGCCUGAACGACCCGCGGAUAAAUCCGUUGGCUGCCGCCGCGGCGCCGAGCCUGCGGAACCUGCCGUGUGAGAGGGUGCUCGUCUGCGCGGCAGAGUUGGACUUCCUGCGGCCGAGGAACAGGGCGUACUACGAGGCCCUCGCGGCAAGCUGGCGGAGCGGCACGGUGGAGUGGUUCGAGUCGAAGGGCAAGGAGCACGUCUUCUUCCUCUACAACCCCGGCUGCGGCGAGGCCGUGGAGCUCAUGGAUCGACUGGUCGCGUUCUUUGCUGGGAACUGAAAUUCGUCAUGUGUGGAUGUGACCGCGACCACAUCCACAUCCAGUGCAGUGAGACGGAUGGAUCAAACGAAGAUGCAGCUCAUCGCUGAAUCGAAUGAUUGAGCUGGGUCCAGGAAAAGAAAACUAAAAGUGACUAGAAUAAUUGAGAUCGGAGCCUUGGAUUGAUCAGUUUGUGCUAUCAAUUUACUGCACGGGUCAGCGUCUCUUGUUUUCUUUUUCAUCGAGAAUAAUAUACUAGUAGGACCGAAACUAUCUCAGCAUCCGAAAGUAUCAGCUUAUGUCGAUCCUUUCGUGUAGGCGUUUUUUUCCUUUGCAUAUAUUAUUGUAUAACUCUUCUGUGUCAAUACAUGUCCAAUUAAUUU